AUGGGUAUUACCGAAAAGAUUGCCCAAAUUCAGGAAGAAUUGUCCAGAACCCAAAAGAAUAAGGCCACCGAGUAUCACAUUGGGCUCUUAAAGGGUAAGCUAGCAAGAUACAGAAGAGAGUUAUUGGAGCCACAACCUGGCCAAGGAGGUGGUGGAGGACAGGGAUUUGAGGUUUCUAAGGCAGGUGACGCAAGAGUGUCGCUUAUUGGGUUCCCAUCUGUGGGUAAAUCGUCGUUCUUAAACAAGGUUACCAACACCAAGAGUGAAGCUGCAAACUAUGAGUUCACGACGUUGACAUCUGUAGGAGGGAUCUUGGAGUACAACGGAGCCGAGGUCCAAAUUGUAGAUUUGCCAGGGAUCAUUAAGGCAGCUUCCCAGGGUAAGGGUAGAGGUAGACAGGUCAUUGCGGUGUCGAAGACAUCGGACCUUAUCAUGAUGGUUCUCGAUGCCACCAAAUCCGAGGACCAGCGCCAGAUCUUGGAGCACGAGUUGGAGUCCAUGGGGAUCAGAUUGAACAAGGAGAGACCCAACAUAAGCAUCAAAAUCAAGAAAACCGGUGGUGUCAAGAUGAAUUCCAUGACCCCUCCUAAGUACUUGGAUGAGAAGAUCGUGGCUGCUUUGUUGAAAGACUGUAAGAUCCACAGCGCCGACGUCAUGGUACGAGACGAAAACGUGACGAUUGAUGAUUUCAUCGAUGUGAUCAACGAACUGACCAUUUCUUACAUCAAAUGUCUUUACGUGUAUAAUAAAAUUGAUGCUGUGAGUUUGGAGGAAUGUGACCGGUUGGCAAGACAGCCUAACACCGUGGUCAUGUCUUGUGAGUUGGACUUGGGUAUCGAGGAUCUCAAGGAGGAGAUCUGGAGACAAUUGGGGUUGGUCAGACUCUACACCAAGAGAAGGGGGAUACUACCAAAGUUUGAUGAACCUAUGGUGGUUAGAGCCAACUCUACUAUCACACAGGUAUGUGAUGCUAUUCACAGAGACAUGAAGCACCACUUCAAGUAUGCGAGUGUAUGGGGCUCUAGUGCUAAGCACUCCCCCCAGAAAUGUGGUUUGAACCACCCGGUGAACGAUGAGGAUGUAGUGCAGAUUGUGACAAAAUAG